ACCUCUUCUAACCCGGAUCCCCACGAGGUAAGAUAGAGAUAUACUACAAUAGUGAUACCACAGCAAAGAUGACGUAGUAGUGGGUUACAGUAGGGAUACCAGUUGCAUCUAUUGUAAUUAAAUUGUUUUUAACAAGCUGAGGGGAAAGGUUUUUGAAUGAGUCCCACCAAUCAGUUUUACACUAAAGUUGUGUUUUAAAAAUCCGGUUGUGAAAUCACGGUAACAGUAAACUCGUAACGUCGAUCACGACAAAUCACAUGUAAUUUCAACAUCUCUUUUUAUCUUAAAAACGCAAGAAUGGGAUUUUUUUUUCUUCAUCGAUCUCCUGAGAGGAGGACUGUAGAUCCUUAGGGAGAGAGAUCACCAACGACCAGCUGGUACGAAUGAAGAGAAUGGUAGUAUCUUCAUUCCAGCGGUAUAUGACGGAUAUUUGGUAAGCCAAUUGCAAGAAUGCGCGAUAUUAAGAUAAAACAAUACAGUUUAAUUUUAACGAGAUAAUUAUGUCCUAAUGAUAGGAUCUUUCCACGGAAUUAUGAGAUAAAUAUUUCGUAAACUAAUUACAAAAUAGUAACCGCCUAACUUUUUCGAGAAAAUUAACCAGUAAUGACGUCUCUUCUAGUAAUUAUAAUAACGAUUUGAUUACGGUGAAAUAAAUUAUUUUUACCUUGAAGUUUGUAGACUUUUGUACUAUUUUGCAAGCUGUAACAAGAACAUUGGAUUCAUCUAAACACUAAGCGGACCUGUAGAUGAACUUAACAAUACAACUCGUCACAGUUAUUCUAAAAGUGGUUCCUUUCACUCGGUUUUUAAAAUAUAUGGUAGUUUUAAAUGUCCUUCUCCAUUUUUGUCAUGCGUGAUUAAAAUCGUGACAAGGAUCAGAGACGAGAUCCUUUUAUAUAUAUUCUAAAGCUUACAUUUGACGUCAUAAAGUUUUGGACCUCGUACCAAGGCGAUACCAUAACUUUAAAUCCUGUUCAUAUAUUUGUAGACAAAAUGGAGAGAUUUAAGAUGCAAGGAUUCUUUCUGGUCUUGUUCGCCCUGAUUUUAUGUUUUCUUGACGUCACAGAUGCCUCCUACUGCUAUUACUCCUAUUAUUACUACAGUUACCGCUGUUACUAUUACUACUACUACUACUACUAUUCUGAUUCUGCCGGAGUGAUCGCCGGAGCAGUGAUUGGUGGAUUGUUUGGGCUUGCCUGUAUAAUUGGAGUCAUUGUGUUUGUCUGUGUUGUGGUUUGUAAAUGUAAGACCACAGGGGUCAGGGGUCGCGUGGUACAGCCGAAUGUGGGCGUGUCCAAUACCGUCACAUACAUAUCACCACCGACAACAUACAACAGCUAUGGAUAUAAUGGUGCCCCACCGAUGAACGCAUCACCCCAAAUGCCGCCAGCAUACACAAACCAAGCACCUCCGUCAUAUAGCCAACCGCCACCCCCGGAGCCACAAUACAAUGAACCCGCCUAUCCACCGAACCCGCCCCCACAAUAUAACAACGUCAUCAGUGGAGCCCCGCCCAAUAGUCACAACUACAGAUAAGAGACAUGAUAGAAUACAGAUUGUGCUAGAACUUUAAAGUUUGUCAUAUCAGAAUUAUUUUUCUGUAUGGAAAAUAAUGGAAUAACACAGUAUUGAUCGUACAUACUUCUAAGGAUAUUUGUUUAUAUCGGUAUGUGUAGUGUUUUUAUUGUGUGUAUAUAUAUAUAUGUGUAUGUGUGUAUAUAUGUAUAUAUACUUCAUUUUUGUUUUUAAUUAAUAUAGACUUGAGUUUUCUUCGUUGAAACCUCAACAUAAUAAUACGAACAGGGUAUUGAUGUCGAUAUCUACACAGUACUAAAUCUUCUUUUUUUUUUUAUCAGUUAUUUAUUACAACACAAUGUUCAUGAAUAUAAGAGUGUGUCUUAUUCCAUGUAGGUGUUGCAAUGUCUUGAUUUUUUUCCCCUCUUCUCGACAUGUUUUACUUUAUUAAUGAUAGAUCAUCCAUUUUGAAUUGGCAAUACAAAGCGAAACCGCUGUGAUCAUGAAAUGUAAUGGUAUGUGAUCUAUGGUGCCAAGCUUUCCGUGUUUUUAAUCGUCAAGAUUGUUUAAUGGUUUUUAUGGACUUAGCUACAAUCAAGCCACAGUAUAGCAUUUUAAUAAAAGUCUGUUACAUAUAUCU